AUGGACCAUCAUCGUCAGAACACUUCUUCUUCUUGCAUGAUACCCAACUGUAUUGUCCCUGCUGUCUCUUGCUUCCACCCGAGAAUCCGUAGACGUAAGAAGAAAACUGAUCAUCGUAACGACGGUCCUGAGCUUGUCGCUGAGCCAGUGGAUGUUCGGUCCAUGUCUUUCGUUGGGACUCAUGAGUACUUGGCUCCUGAGAUUGUUUCAGGAGAAGGACACGGGAGUGCAGUGGACUGGUGGACGUUAGGGAUAUUCAUGUUCGAACUCUUCUACGGAACGACACCGUUCAAAGGGAUGGACCACGAGCUGACCCUUGCCAAUAUCGUGGCUCGAGCCCUCGAAUUUCCGAAAGAGCCAACGAUCCCAAGCGCGGCUAAGGAUCUGAUCUCUCAGCUACUAGCCAAGGACCCUACCCGACGCUUGGGGUCGUCUCUGGGUGCAUCGGCCGUGAAACGUCACCCGUUUUUCCAAGGAGUGAAUUGGGCUUUGCUCAUGUGUACUCGUCCUCCUUUUCUUCCUCCGCCUUUUCGCAAAGAGCUUUUGUCCGAUGACAUUUGUCCUGAAACCCAUGUCGAAUAUUAUUAA